CCCUCGAUCGACCCCACAACCACUCCCUCUCAAGAAAUCGCGUUCCCCUCUGUCAGUUGCUCACUCUCUCAUCCGUUUCUCGACAAUGUCGGACAAGCCGAUUGCCGCCGAUGCUCUGCCGUCGAACUCCGACGAAUUCCCCCAGAUGUCCAGGUCUGAACUCUACGAUAUGAUGUAUCAGAUGAAGCUGCUUACCGAUGAGAAUCCGCAACAAGCACGCCAGAUUCUGGCUGAGAAUCCUCGAUUGGCCCGAUUUGUCUUUCAGGCUCAAAUAAUGCUUGGAAUGAUGGGGACCCCUCGAGAGACUCCAAGUACUCAGUCAUCAGUAUCACAGCAUACUCAGCAGCCAAUCGCUCUGGCCACGCAACAGAUGUCAGGAACAAGUGGAUCUCAAAACCAAGUUCCUGUAACAAAGCAAAUGGAAAACCCAAUGCAGAUUGCAUCUGCAGCAGCCCUUCUUAAUGGGCUUAAACUCCCUCGAUCGACCCCACAACCACUCCCUCUCAAGAAAUCGCGUUCCCCUCUGUCAGUUGCUCACUCUCUCAUCCGUUUCUCGACAAUGUCGGACAAGCCGAUUGCCGCCGAUGCUCUGCCGUCGAACUCCGACGAAUUCCCCCAGAUGUCCAGGUCUGAACUCUACGAUAUGAUGUAUCAGAUGAAGCUGCUUACCGAUGAGAAUCCGCAACAAGCACGCCAGAUUCUGGCUGAGAAUCCUCGAUUGGCCCGAUUUGUCUUUCAGGCUCAAAUAAUGCUUGGAAUGAUGGGGACCCCUCGAGAGACUCCAAGUACUCAGUCAUCAGUAUCACAGCAUACUCAGCAGCCAAUCGCUCUGGCCACGCAACAGAUGUCAGGAACAAGUGGAUCUCAAAACCAAGUUCCUGUAACAAAGCAAAUGGAAAACCCAAUGCAGAUUGCAUCUGCAGCAGCCCAGAUGGCCCCCUCUCAAAUUCCUAAUUUGCUUUCCCAUCCAAUUAGUUCUGCUUCUCAGCCACCAUUAGCUCGACCUCAGAUGCCUACAGUCUCCAGCCAAUUGCAACAACCAGGACAGACACCUAUCCUUCCACAUAUGCCGCUGCAACCACCAUUGCCUCCACAUCCUAGACUUCCAUCAAUGCCAGCUUUCCAACACCAGCACCCGUCACAAAUGGGCUCCAGUAUGGGAUUCCAACAACCUGGUGGUCAGCUGCAUCAUUCUCAGCCUGUGUUUCAUUCAGGUACCCAACCUAAUGCUAGCAUUGGGCCUUCCUUUACACAGGCACAGCCGCCACUUCCAAGUCAGCUGCCAUCGCAAUCUUUUAAUCAGAUUGGAGGUUCACAUUUAAGGACAGAGUUCAGUAAUCCUGCUGGAAGCUCCAUGCAAGCGGACAGGGGAUCUUCUGCCUGGAUGCCUCCCCGUCAUGAGAGUACAAUGGGAACACAGAUCCCAGGACCUCCACCAUUAGUUCCUGGGUUUGGCCCUAGCAACCCACCUCCACGCCCCCCAAUGUUAAACCCCGAGAUGGAGAAGGCUUUGCUUCAGCAGGUAAUGAGCCUAACCCCAGAGCAGAUUAAUUGCCUGCCUCCGGAGCAAAGGCAUCAGAUUCUUCAGUUGCAACAGAUGUUGCGGCAAUGAAAUAAUAGAAGUUAGAUGUUUCAGGAGGAACAAAAUCGCUGCCCCAUACUCAUAGGCCCCUUGUUAGACAUAACUCACAACUAUGUUGAAGAACUUCUGUUUUUUAGACCGUGCUCUGCCUUUGCCCUUUUUGAGGUUACCAAAUUUGUAUUUUCUUUGCCAUAUGCGUUUACCUCAAUACCAGUCUAAUGGUGACUGAUUUCAGACACAUCAUGACUUCAGAAUCUUGGGACCUGCACAUUUUGGCAGCCAUGUUGAAUGGCAUAUGAUUGAGAAUUUCGCAUUUUUUUUUGUGCA